AUGGCCGAUAACCUUUUAGAAGAAGUUAAAAUUAUUGACAAUAAAACACCUGAUACAGCUCAAUCUGUGCAAACACAGACCACCACGACCACCACCACCAACAAAGACGACUCGUCCGAGCCAGAGAUUGAAAACAAUAGUGAACAUGAAAAUGCGGAUCAAAAUGCAGCUGUUGAGGUAAACAAUCAAGAAAAGCCUGAAACCCGACAAUGCUGGGUCUGCCUAUCGACCGAUGAAGAGGACGACGAAACGACCGACUGGGUUCAUCCCUGUCGAUGCAUAGGUUCGUCCAUGUGGGUUCAUCAAAAUUGCCUGCAACAGUGGAUCGAUGAGAAGCAAAAAUUCAACUCUACUCUGAGUGUGGCAUGCACGCAGUGCAACACUGAGUACGUCUUAAUAUACACUAAACACAACGGCAAACUCUUCUUUGCUAUUGACCUAUGUGAUAGAAUCCUCUACUCGGCUUCGCCACUAGCUGCAAUCACCUGCAUUGUGGGCUCAAUUUACUGGAGUGCCGUUUGUUAUGGCGCCUUUACUGUGAUGCAAGUGCUAGGAAAAGAAAACGGCAAGAGCCUAAUAGAGCACUCUGAUCCCAUAAUGCUCCUUGUUGGCUUACCAACGAUUCCAGUUGUGCUGAUUCUUUCUAAACUAAUUCGCUGGGAAGAUCAAAUUUUAAAGCUAUGGUUUAAGAAUAACUUUCGAUACCCUUUGCUGGGCUAUGUGAUGGGUAAACCGGCCGCCAAAUCGCGUGAAUUCACAGAGAACAAUCUGCUUUCUCGGGAAACUAUGGCGGAUCCAAUUACCAUUUGCCGAAAUUUCUGCAGUGCUUUAAUUCUGCCUACUGCUGCGACCUUUUUUGGAGGUCUCUUUUUUGGUGACAUUGAGUCGAACCUUCAUCGUACACUUUUGGGUGGCUUAACUUUUAUCAUAGGAAAAGGCCUUUUGAAAAUUUCGCUUCGACAGUGGCAGUACGUGCGUAUAUCGCAUCGGAAAAUAUUAAAUUUUGUUGACGCUAAAACAUAA